CAUGGAUGUGGGGCAUCUCUGACUCGUCUUCCUCACGCGAUUUCUGUUCGAAUCUCUCUCUUCUCUCCCUCCGGUAAAAUUGUUCGCAGGAAGCAUGUACCCGCCGCCAGGGAUUUACUCGCAACCGAUGCUGGUGAACUGCUCCAGUUGUCGGACGCCUCUCCAGCUUCCUCAGGGCGCUCGAUCCAUACGCUGUGCUCUCUGUCAGGCGGUUACGCACAUCGCCGAUCCCCGCACCGCCCCUCCUCCAUCUUCUCCGCCGGGUCAGCCUCCUCACCCCCACGGCAGGAAGAGGGCGGUGAUCUGCGGUAUUUCCUACAAGUACUCUCGUCACGAGCUAAAAGGUUGCAUCAACGACGCCAAGUGCAUGCGAUACCUCCUCAUUAACAAGUUCAACUUCUCUCCCGAUUCCAUUCUCAUGCUCACCGAGGAAGAAACUGACCCAUUUCGUAUUCCCACCAAACAAAAUAUGAGGAUGGCAUUGUAUUGGCUUGUUCAGGGCUGUAAAGCUGGAGAUUCACUUGUUUUCCACUAUUCUGGCCACGGUUCACGUCAGAGAAACUACAAUGGUGAUGAAGUUGAUGGCUUUGAUGAAACACUUUGUCCUUUGGAUUUUGAAACUCAGGGCAUGAUUGUAGAUGAUGAGAUCAAUGCGACCAUUGUUCGUCCUCUUCCUCAUGGCGUCAAGCUCCAUGCUAUAAUUGAUGCUUGCCAUAGUGGCACUGUGCUGGAUUUACCAUUCCUCUGCAGAAUGAACAGAUCUGGACAAUACAUGUGGGAGGAUCAUCGUCCGAGGUCAGGCUUGUGGAAAGGAACCAGCGGUGGAGAAGCCAUAUCUUUCAGUGGGUGUGACGAUGAUCAGACAUCUGCUGAUACAUCUGCAUUGUCAAAGAUCACGUCCACGGGUGCUAUGACUUACUGCUUUAUCCAAGCAAUAGAACGUGGACAAGGAAGCACAUAUGGAAGCAUUCUCAACUCGAUGCGUACUACAAUAAGAAACACGGGGAAUGACAUGGGUGGUGGAGUUGUUACAACUGUGGUGAGCAUGCUUUUGACUGGCGGAAGCGGUAUUGGCGGAUUGAGACAGGAGCCUCAGCUGACAGCAUGUCAACCGUUCGAUGUCUACGCAAAGCCGUUCUCUCUUUAAUAAACAAAACGACUACAGGUUUCUGAAUGUAUAGAAUCCAUUUUUAUGAGCUAGUGGAGAGGGAAAACUAUGGUAUUUGGUUUUCAUUGUAUUUCAAUAAAGUAGUCAAACAAACGCCAAUUAUUAAGUGAUUGCAGAUUUCUCAUAUGCAUAUUAUUGUCUGUAUAAAGAAAAUCUGAUUACAUAUUUUGUUUUACGAUUUACCUA